CUGUUGCCCCUGUUACGGUAGUGAGAAUCUUCACUGCUUCACUGCAUGUUUGAUGAGUUAUUAAAUGAAUCCACCUAGUAUGCAUCAUGCUCUUGAUCCCAAUCGUGUUUAAUCUAAUCAAAAUCUACCUAUGUAUUGACUAUUCACAGAAACCCUCCUGAGAAUUGAAGAUAAGGAAUCUUAUCCCCCUCAGCGCCCUUUUGUUUUUCCCCUUUGAAAAAUUAGUGACAUUACCUUGUAACCACCACAGAUUUUGAUUUGCUGACAUCCUCUCACCACAAAUCAAUAUCUUCUUCAAUUACUUCUUCUUAGUUCAUCUUUGAUGAACCUCUUAGUUCAACACCUCUAGUAUAAGUAGGUACCAUCAUCAUCAUACACCUCUUUUUUUUGAGGUACAAUCAUCUAUCAUCAUCAAGGAAAGAUGUCUGGUUUAGGCGGUAAGGACACUUUCGACGGUCUGCGUGGGAAGAAGAGCCUGAUCAAGAACCCGAAGAAGCGUGGGGAGCGCAUGAACGCGAGUGAUUUGUUUUCUCGGGAUGCCGCGAAAGGAAGCGACUUUUAAGGGUAGGUUAAAGGUGCUUUUCUUACCGCUUUUUAUGCCUCUCUCAUCCUAAGGGGGAGAGAAAGGCAUAACAAGCGGGGGAACCCGCGAGCACCUCCAAAAACCUCCUACCUCUAAGAUUUCUCCAGAGUGUCCAAGAAGCUCGACGAAAUCCUUGCCGAUGUGAAGGUCGACGCGGACCCGCCGGUGGGGAGCAAGUUCUGGGUCGCGGCGCCGUCUCUAGAAGUGAAGGUGGGCCUCCCCUUGCGAUCGAAGCGUGGGCGGUCCGACUUGAAGCAGAACGAUCGAGUCUACUGCGCUGGUGCAGCUGUCUGGCUGGAUCCGCCAGACCACGGAACGUGCCGCAUGCCGAUCACUAUGAUGCCGCCAAAUCACGGAAAACAACCAGUCUUUUGGGUCACCUACUACAACGGACACGAAGUCGAUCCGAUGAAACGAUUUUGCUUGGUACCAGUUCUUGUCGUAGAAAAAGAGAGUCGUUCUUGGUUUUAGUUUUUUGCCAGUAGCGCAUGAAGUAGAUCGUGCUCGCAUCGAAACAAGAGCAAUUUAGAGUUUCCCAUUAUUGUUAGAAGGUAGUGAUUCUGAUGCAUGUCUAAGUUUCCUCUCCAUCUUAUCAGUUCGAUCAUGUAAAUUAACUUUCCGGUGCACGUUCAUUACUUUAUGUAGCAGCAGUGGGCUAUCAACAACAUCAACAUCGAUCCUGCUUAUCAUGUAACGAGGCUAUAAUUUCUCCAUCACUACAUGAAACUUAGACUCCGGUGGAAGACGAGUUGUCCUAUUUUCGCGUGUGGUUGGCACACAAGUACGGAAAGAUGCUCCGCGGAUCUGAUGGUAUGGCUGAUACAACCUGGUGGUUCAAAUUCUACAUGGACUUGGAUGGCGAUCGGAGUAACUCUGUCGACAUGGAAGAGUUCCAGUUGGGGCUCUCCAAAUUCCACUACCCAUCAGCAGUUGACGACGAACUGGCCUACGAACGACGAGCGAAUUUAUUACACUUGUUGGAUACUGAUGGUACGACCUUCGAAAGUUUUAUUUCUGGAGUCAUUAUUGUUUCUUAUUUCUUUGGAAUUGAAGAUUUAUUGGACGAUUCAAAUUUGUACUCGAAAAGGGUAUCCGCGUUUCCUCGCUGUCUACUUAUGUUGUAACUACUACCCCCUUGUAACUACUACCCCCUUGUAACUACUACCCCUUGUAACUACUACCCCCUAGGUAGUUGUCUGCUUAAAUCUCGUAUUGUUAAACUACCACCCCCAAAAAGUAAAAGAAUUGAAUCGAUCUUGCUCAGGAGACUAUAAGUAAGUAAAUCUAUCUACCUAUUUAAUCAGGUUCCGGUGAUUUAUCCUUUGAGGAGUUUGCUGAGGUUUUGGGCAUUGAUCCCCGUGAGAUUCAAAAGAAAGCUCGUGAAUUUGCAGAAGAGCAACGAAUUGCAGCAGUCCGAAAUGCGGUUUCUGAGAACAAGUUCAUCGAUGAGGAUGUCUACGUAAUAGACAAGAAAACGGGCAUGAAACGGUAAAAAUAGAUAUUUAACAUACAACCCUUUUAAUAGUAGGAACAAGAUCGGUGUUUGUCGAUUAGGAGAGUCCUUUGUUUUGCGUGAACAAGAGCUGUACCAUGACAUGACAUGCACAUCCAGAUUCUACAACUCUACAACAACUAUAAUCACAGAUACUCGAUGAAGAAGGCGUAUGACAAAUUUAUUCGUAAGAAAGACGAUGCCUCCCGAACGCGUACGAACAAUGAGGCUCAGCGACACACUCGGGGAAUCUACAAAAAUACGGAUAUGCAGAAGGCGUUUAAGAAAUGGUAAUACUUCGUCCAACACGUUCAUAUGUAGAAGUCGAUCAUUAUCUCGGGAGAAGUGCGUUCAUAUUCAGUAGUAUUUUCCAUGCUAGGUCAGUCUGUAGUGUUGUUGGAUUAUGCUCUCUCCUGUUUAGUACGAGGUCACUCUGUGGUGUUGCUGGAUUAUGUUCUCUCCUGUUUAGUACGUUACUGCUACACGCGGCUUUAUUGGAACGGUUUCGACUUAGUUCCCUAGGGUCUGGCCUCGAGUUUGAUUUGGCAGGUCAAAUCGGAGACAAAUGAUUUUCACAUGCUACCUCGUGAGGAGUUGAUUAGGAUGCUCAGUCGUGGAUUCCCUUUGAUUUCAAAAGAUUUUCACAUGCUACCUCGUGAGGAGUAUGCUCAGUCGUGGAUUCCCUUUGAAAAAAUGACAACCAGGUACGAUUGGAUGUUUGUCGAGGAGGAGAGUUCUUUGUGGGCCAAGCACCCAAAGAUCUGGGGUACAAGAAUGAAGAUAUCACCCCACGACAUGCAUCCGGAUCACCGUGACUACUUUGGCAGACCUGGUCUCUUCAAUGGUGAGGCAGAAAUCGAUGCGCAAAUGGAACGCGAUGCGGAGCCUCCAGCCAAACGUAUCCCCAUGGCCGAAGAGAUGGCACUGCUCAGAGAACACCUCUGCGAAUUGUAUGAGGUACUACUAGUUGUACUACAAGAGGAGUACAAGAAUUUUUCAGUUGUCAGUCGUACUCGGAUUAUUGAAAUCGGAUUAUUGUGAAAUCAUUUUCAUGGCUGUAAUAUGGUCGUUGGACUAGUCGACUAGGGUCGAAGAUUUUCUUUCUGUUUGAAUGAUCGAAAAGGAAAAGAAUUAUUUCAGUGUAGUCCUCAAGAAUCGCUUUCUGGAAUCAUUUUAACAGUUAUUAAUAAUGUUAACAGCAAGUUCAUACGCUUUCUGAAAUCACGUAAUUAAUUCUUGAGACAGCACCUCGUGCUAGGUAAAUAAAUGAAUGAAAUUCCCUUUAUUCCCACUAGAACUAUACCCCUUGGGUAAUAGAAAUUCCCUUUAUUCCCACUAGAACUAUGCCCCUUAGGUGAAAUAGAAAUUCCCUUUAUUCCCACUAGAACUAUGCCCCUUAGGUGAACUAUAUAAAAAUACCCCUUACUAGGUGGACAACUUGCGUGAGCCUGCUGUGCAACGUCGUAUUUUCGAUAUGAUGGACGACAACGGCAACGGCGCUCUGAGUGCCACCGAGUUCACUCAGGCUCUAGCGCACGUGGUGCACUAUCCUCCAGGCCCCACGACGAUCACGACUCGAACCCGGCGUAACCGCAUUUUUCACACCUUGGACUGGAACGCGAAAGGCGAAUGCGACUUCGAGAAAGUGAGGAAGGGGUUAUUCGAAGGCCCAGUAGGGAUGGCAGAAUUGGAAGCGAAAAAGUCAGGAAAAGACAAUUAAGGCUAGUAUUUUUUCACUAUCCCAUGUGUCUGACUAAGUAUGCUGUCUGAGUGGGAGGGUUGCCCCUAGAAAUUAAUCAAGGAGAAACUAAGGGGGGAAGAGCGGAACUCACUCAAACAGGCAUGAUAGUGAAAAACUAGCGCUAAGACAAGUUCGCACAGGGCCUUGGAUCGACAGCCGCGAAAAGCAUCAUGGGAUAGAUCAUAUAAACAUAAUCUAUCAUGAUUAUAAUGAUAGAGGAUAAUUAAUGAGUAGCGCGAUUCGUCAGGGGGAAAAUUAGUGAUCAUACUAUAAACUGAAGACUGGAAAAGCGCUGAAGGUCAAGGUGCUGACCUAAAUUUGUUUUCUUCCUGCAGAUGUUGCACUGUCCGUCAGUUAGUUAGUAAACAUCAAGCAGCAGUAUGUACGUAGUAAAUGCAGAGUAAUCUUAGUAUAUGACAUACUAUAGUUGGAAGAACACAGAAACAGAAAUCUACGCACGACACUAGAGUGUAGUUGAAAAACCCUCUGUGAUAUGAAGUACCUAUGUUUUACUUUUAUAUUUUUUCGAAAUUGAUGACGAUGUCAUGUCAAAAAAAUAUCAGCAAAUCAUACAUGUAGUUGUAAUUUCUUUUCUAAAACACGAAAAUGCAUAGUCACAAAACCGAUUCGUUGUUUGAGAUCAUAAUUGUUGGUGUGUUAUUUCGUAGAAACUGCUAGAAAGAGUUAGAAAGUCAACGUCUGUCGUGUUGGAGGAGCUUAUAAAUAUGUGUCUGUUGUGUCUUCCUCCAUGGAAGUUAGGGAGAAAGGUGGCACCCACGCGGAUUGGAUUACCUGUGAAGAGGGGACACGUGAUCCAACGGUAACCUUGUUGGGGUAAGGCAACUACACAUGAUAGCAACACCAACUACACUCUUUUGGCAUACAAUAUCGAAUGAGAAAUAAUGAGAUCAAAAAUACAGAUGUUGGAGUUUAAACAUUCGAAUGAAAUUUCGAAAAAGACAAAUUCGCGACAAAGGUUGUGUGCGACAGGAGAUGACGGUGCAGCAUGUUGCGCUUGUUGUCCCCCCAUCGUUCUUAAUAUUUACCGCCAGUCUCUUUCUUGUUGGCGAG